AUGGAUGUUGAAACUGUAGACUUUAGCAGUGGCNAAUCANAACUAGAAAAAUUCGAUAAUGAACAUGAUAUGACUGGUGCAUCUGAAGCUGUAGAUGAUGGCUUACUUAUUGAUAUUGAUGAAGAUAAUCCUGAUGUUAUCUAUGAUAUCUUAUUUUAUCCUUCCAUAAAAGAUUUCACAGGUUCACCUGGUAUUCAGAGUACUAUUACUGUUCCAGAUGAUACUCCAUUGUGCUACUUCAAAAUUUUUUUCAAUUUAAAUCUUUUANAAAUGAUAACAGCACAAACAAAUCUAAAUCAGGAACAAAACCCUGAAGGCCCGCGAAAAAAUAUGAAGUCCUGGGAACCUCUUACAGUUGAUGAAUUACGGAUUUUUCUUGGAACAACAGUCAAUAUGGGACACGUUCGAAAAAGUGCAAUUCAAAAUUAUUGGAGCACAGAUCCUCUGUUGGAAACUCCAAUUUUUAGAAAGAUCAUGCAUCGAAAUAGAUAUCUCCAAAUCUUGCGAUUUUUGCAUUUUUCAAACAACGAAGAAAUAGUAAAUCAUCCUCUAAAAAAAUUGAAACCUGUAAUUGACGAUCUAAGAGAAAAAUUUUCAAAUUCUAUAUUACCAGGACAGAAUCUUUGUAUUGACGAAAGUUUAGUUUUAUGGAAAGGGAAGCUGUACUUCAAACAAUUUUUACCGUUGAAACGACAUCGUUUUGGUAUCAAAUUGUUUAAACUAAUUGAUUGUAAAACUGGAGUUUUGAUAGAUUUUAUUGUAUGUACAGGUUUAGAUACCGAUUACGAAAAGUUUAGUUUGGGUAUUACUAGUGACAUUGUAGCUCAUUUCCUAAAAAAUUUUUUCAACAAAGGUCACGUCAUUUACGUGGAUACUUGGUAUUCAUCUCCAGGAUUGGCCGAAUUUCUACAUGACCGUGACACAGGAAUCUGUGGAACUGUGAAGAAGAAUAGGAAAUUUAUGCCAAGGUUAGAGAAUAAACUAAAUAAAGGUGAGAUUCAAGUCGCACACAAUGACGUCUGGUUAGUAAUGAAAUGGAUGGACAAAAGAAAAGUUUACAUGAUCACAACAGUCCAUGAAGUUAGAUUUAGCCCUACCGAUAAAAAACAUUGGCGAACUAAAGAAGAUAUCGUGAAACCACUCUGUAUCUGUGAGUAUAAUAAAAAUAUGGGAGGGAUCGAUAAUAUAGAUAAGCAGUUAUCUAUGACAGAAACCAUUAGAAAAACUAUGAAAUGGUAUCGAAAAUUAUUUUUUCAUUUAGUGGAUUUGGCAUUGGCAAACGCUCACGUAUUGUACAAUCAAAAAGUGGAAAAAAAACUUUCUUUUCUAGAAUUCCGUAUAGAAGUAGUUAGAUGA